CUUAGGAGGAAAGAAGUCGAGGAAUAUGGGUACAAUCCAAACAAUGAUCCCACAUUGCCUGCUGUUGGCGGCGUAGGUUCACCAGAUGGUGCAUACGAAAUGCGCGAGGAAGGAUCAUCUGGAUAUCGUGGAUGGGGUACCACAGCUGUUGCUUCGUCAGGACGGAAAGCUUCAACCACUCUUUCUGGAGGUCAAUCCCCUGGAGGUAUUGGUAUGGCUUAUUCGGAAGGAACAUCACCCACACAUGGCCCUGUUUCUGACACUAGGUCAGAUAAUCCUUUGGUCGACGGUCGUCCGCAGUCUGGCGAAGCAGAAUCAUUAGGCGCGAUGGGCCCUGCAGCGUCUGGCAAUCGAAGUGACAUUAAUCGAGGACCGUCGAACGCGUCGUCCUCGUACAGUGCUGCCAAUCGAUCCGACGGCUCUGGGGAGGUUCCAGGAAGUUAUGGGGCUGGUCAAUACUACAAUGGCACGAAUCAAUACGAUGCCGGCAAUCCAUACAGUCCUGAAACUCAAUAUGGAAGCCCUCCAGGACGAGCCGAAAUGGGUGGUCAGCCAAUCAUUCGAGACGUACAGGCUCGACGGAACACGCGCAUCGAAAACCCAGCACACUUCCCACAACAAAGUGCUGGCAUUUCGCAAAACUUUUAG